CCCGCUGAUUUCACAAAUAUUAAACUCCCUAAACCGGAGCUUGACCCAUCUCCGAUCAAAAGCGCAAAACCCGGAGCCGCCGACGUCUUCCACGUCACACUGCAGUGACUUCGCCGCCAUUAUGGUUGAGUCGCCAUAAAUUUUCUUUAAGCUUUACCAACAAGCAACUAAUCUUUAACACGAUGAUAAGCUCAUUUAUGUCCCGCUUCAAUCACUUUCUCACUCUCAAACCACCCACGUCUCUUCCUCACCAUUAUACCAUUAUUACUUCAUUUCAUACUCGUUUAUUUUCUUGCAAAGGCCGCACCUUUAUCUCCAACCACUCUCGCCUCCUCUCUUCUGCUCCACAUAUUAGUACAUUUAUGGAGCUUGUUAAAGAAAUAGCUAGCUGGUCGCCUGAAUCUCAGCAGAAUAUUGUCAUUAAAGAUGAUCAGAAGUGCUGCAGUUACCUUCAACUAAUCUCAUAUGCUGGAAGGAUACAUGAUCAGUUAACCAAUCUUCACCAGAAAAAUGGAGAUAGUAUACAACAGAAAGAUCUUGGUGGAGCAAGAAUUGGAAUUGUGGCUAAACCCUGUGCUGAGUUUGUUGCUGGAAUACUGGGGACUUGGCUUUGCGGAGGUGUAGCUGUCCCUCUUGCUUUAAGCUACCCAGAAACCGAGCUCCUACAUGUGAUGAAUGAUUCGGACAUCUCUAUGAUUUUGAGUACCGAAGAUCAUAGGGAAAUUAUGACCAGUGUUGCAGCUAAGACUGGUGCUCAAUUGUCUUUCCUUCCCACCAUUCCCAUUUCAUCCACUGAUCAUACCCAGUUACACAAUGAGAGUAAUGGUGGUAAAAGAGUACUGCAAUUUGAAUUCUCCCAAAAUGUACAAGGAGAGGACCCAGCAUUGAUUUUGUACACUAGUGGUACUACAGGGAGACCAAAAGGAGUUGUGCACACACAUACAACCGUCCUAGCACAGGUCCAAAUGUUAACAAACGCAUGGGAAUACACAUCCAAUGAUUAUUUCCUGCACUGUCUACCUCUACACCAUGUGCAUGGGCUUUUUAAUGCUUUAUUUGCACCUAUCUAUGCAGGUUCCAAGGUUGAAUUCAUGCCGAAAUUCAGAGUGAGAGGAAUUUGGCAGAGAUGGCGUGAAUCAUAUCCUAUAGAUGGGAGUAAAUCUGAUGAUGCAAUAACAGUAUUCACUGGAGUUCCUACCAUGUAUACACGACUUAUUCAAGGUUAUGAAGCAAUGGAUACAGAAUUACAAACAGCUUCUGCUUCAGCAGCAAGGCACUUGCGCCUUAUGAUGUGUGGCUCCUCUGCACUUCCUCUUCCUGUCAUGCAACAGUGGGAAACAAUCACCGGGCACCGCCUUUUAGAGCGAUAUGGCAUGACUGAGUUUGUAAUGGCAAUUUCUAAUCCCCUAAGAGGUCAGCGCAAAGGAGGUACUGUGGGCAAGCCAUUUGCGGUUGUGCAGGCCAAGCUCCUAUCAGAGGAUGUUAACAGUGAUGACAAAACAGGGGUGGGCGAGCUCUGCAUCAAAAGCCCUUCAUUGUUUAAAGGAUACUGGAAACUUCCUGAGGUUACCAAAGAGUCAUUUACCGAUGAUGGGUUUUUCAAGACUGGAGAUGCUGCUAGAAUCGAUGAAGAUGGAUACUAUAUCAUUUUGGGCCGUACCAAUGCUGAUAUAAUGAAGGUUGGUGGAUACAAGUUAUCUGCACUGGAAAUAGAAGCCGUUCUCUUGGAGCAUCCGGUAAUAUCUGAGUGCUGUGUGUUGGGUUUACCCGACAAAGACUAUGGGGAAGUUGUGUGCGCAAUUGUUGUGCUGGACGCAGAUCUCAAGCAAAAACGUGAAGCAGAAUCAAAGCCCGCUCUCACCUUGCAAGAACUUUGUGAUUGGGCUAAGGAGAAACUUGCCCCUUACAAGAUCCCUUCACGCUUUUAUGUUUGGGAUUCACUACCUCGCAAUGCCAUGGGAAAGGUGAACAAGAAGGAACUGAAGAGAAAUUUUAGUGAUGGAGAUAAUUGAAUUUUUGUCUAUAUAAAGGCCAAAAUGUGCUCACAUAGCAAGAGAGAAACAAAGGAAACAGUUACCAAGUUAUCAGCUACAAGGAUACAACAUACAAAAACACGAAGGAACACGUUUUACAUUUAAAAUGAUCUCAAGCGUUGGUUGAAGGUUUUGGCUCAUCUUUGCACAGCUCAAAUAAGAUUUGGAUCUUGAUUGUCAUGAUAAUUUUUAGCUACCCCUGGCAAUUUAAUUGGUGUCAUUUCUUACAGCUUAGGCUUCGCUAAAUGUGAAUGCAGCAACUCACACUCACAAAGUGUGAAUUUUGGAACACUAACCAACUUACCAACCUAUUUUGAUCACAUGAAGCUACUGUUAGGAACAAAGAAUAAUAUGUUUGAGAAAAUUACCGAUUUGGUCCCUCAAUUGUUGGCGAGCUGUCAAUGUAGUCCCUCAAUCCCAUAUUCAUCAAUUUGACCCACGGAAUAAAUUAAGUUUGGACGACUUACUCCUUUCGGUCGCAUUUCGUCGUUCAGCCGGUGAGGACCUAGUUUAAGCAUGGGCAAUUUGUACUUUUCAUAUGUUCAACACUCUCUUUGGUC